AGACAGGUGGGUGAUGUGAGGCACUCGCACACCUGUCUUUAAUUAGCAGUGUCACCAGCAGCCGAACGUCUUUGACUGUAAAACAAAACCCACAACGUGCUUUCUUUUACUGAAUUUAUAAAGAUAAUGAACUCCUUAAAGUUUAACUUCAUCUUUUUCGUCAUGUUGCUUCGGGACGUAGCGUUUGGAAGGCUCGGUGACAUUUCCUUCUCUGUGUGUUGGAUGAGUAACAACGAGGCCCUGGAAAGACAAAAUGGAGACAUAUGGCUGAAUGACACAUCACUCAUCUCCAUCACAAAAGAGGGUAAAGUCACCUCCCUGACGGUGCACCCAGAUGUAGAAAACAAGCUAACACUGGAGUUUGGAGACUUGACCCACAUGUGGACUUUCACCAUUAUGCUUAGUAAAAGGUUCAAUAAAAUCCAGGGCGUGCCCAGACCGCGGAGUGAUCCAACUAAUGCCACGAAGGUCUUUCUGGACUCGUUGAGUCCCUCUGAAGUGUUUGCAUGUGAAAACAAUACUGCAUUCUUCCAUCAGGAUGAGGACUUCUUCCUUGCUACUGGCCAUACCAUGCGUUUCCCUGUGAAGCUUGAGUCCAGGAGCACCUCUAUGUUGCUGUUCUCCUGGAUGGGGAACAGUCAGGCUGUCAACAACAGCCACACUGUCACCAUGUACCGCACUGAUUCAAACUCUCAUAUCCCAUUUGGUGUGGACUCGACCACCAGCAACCAGUACGACUUCAUUUCCCUGGACUCCUGCAGCCUCUAUUUGGCCUGUGUGGAGAUUGCAGACACUCACUCCUUCACGUGCCUCUCUGCUGUUACUGAACCAGACAUUCCCAAAGACUUUGAGGUGACGUCAUGGAACAGCAGCAGCAUAUCCCUGUCCUGGGACUGUCCUGACAACCUCAGGUACUCCCUCUUCCUCCUGACCAUCUACUACCUCAAUGGCUCAGACCACAUCACAGAGGAGGUACUCCUCCGGUUCAAAGAGGACACCUUAGUGUACACCUUGUUGGACCUGGAGCCGUGCGCCAGGGUCAGGUUUGGCCUACAGACUGUCUGUCAGUCAGGGAUGGAGUUGAGCUACAGCGAGAUGGUGCCGAAUAAUGGAAACUCUGUCCACUCCAGCAUCUGGGGCUUGUGUCAGACGCCGUUCAGCCCUGACAACUACGCACUGAGGUGGGAGGUGAGCAACGCCUCCUCCAUAUCCAAGUUCCGAGUGUACCAUGAGGGGGUGCUGCAGGGCACCACGCUCCUCACCAACUACACUGUUGGGGGGCUGUCGGAAUGUCGACAGUACCAGGCCAAGGUGGAGGCGCUGUGUGGAGACGACGUGCUCAUGAAUGCCAAGACGAUCACAGCACUCACUGGACCUGUUGGUAUGUCUGAGCUUAGCUUCCACUCCAAUGACUCCACCACCCUGUGGACACCCACUACCACACAGUUAGCUAUGGCAUAUGUAUAUGAGGUGUCGUUAAAGAAUGGCACCAUCAUCCAUAACCGCAGCUUGACAGAUGCACAGCUGGGCCUCUCAGGUCUUGAUGAAGGGAAGAGCUACACCAUGGACAUAUGGGAGCAGUGCGAUGGAGAGUGGCCGUUUGAAGACGCUCAACCGUGUGUUGAGGCAGAUAAUUCAUCUUCCACAUUCUUUGGGACUGCUGGACCUGUCCAGGAGCUAGUGAUGGAUUUUGUGGUUUCUGACAUGAGACUAACAAUGGUUGUGCCCUGGUCACUGCCUGAAGAUCUACAGGAUGACAUGUCAGAAAUACAAAGAAAAAUUGCGAAGAUUUUUAAAGAUAAGAUGCAGGAGCUGUUGAAAGACUAUGAUCACCCAGCCCGUAUUGAGCUGGUCACCAUCAGACCUGCAGAAGAACCGGACAAAACGGAAAUCGUCUUUUGGUCUUUCGAUGCCUUGAUCACGGAGGAGAAUGUGUCCCUUCCUGUCGAAGAUCAGCUGGAUUACAUUGACUCACAGAAUGCAACCCAUAUUUCAGUUAGAGAUGGGAUCAUUUACUGGGAUGGUCCUGAUCUGUGUCUGUCUCUCAAAUACACUUCAUGUCCCCGCAAUUCUCUGUGCGUCAACACUCUGGGCUCUUUUACAUGUGUGUGCCGGCAUGGAUACUAUGAUGUGAGCUCGGUCACUGAGCGUCAGGUGACUUCACAGCCCAUAUGCAAUGAGAAAGGCCUUUUCAGCCAGUGUCUGGACAAACUGAUGACUGGUGGGAUUGCAAAACCCUACCUGAUGUCUCACAUCGGAGGAAAGGUUGACGUGAAGCUGAACGAUGGGCGGUGCAAUGUGGAACAGAGUGCGAUGCUGUUUUACUUUCGCACCACACGGAAAUCGUCUGAAUGUGGAACAGAGAGACGGGUAAACAAAACCCACUUUGAAUACCAAAACACUUUGAGUGUGACCCUAACCAAAGAGGAAACUAUCAGCCGGCGGGAUCUGAAGGUUGUCUGGAAAUGCGUCUAUCCUCGUCAUUAUGUUCGCAAUACUCACGUUAGCAUGGAUAUGGAGUGGCUCUCCGCUCUCUCCCUGGUGCAGUUCAACUCAUCACUGCAGCUUGCCUUGAGCAUGACCCUCUUCACAGAUGAGUCAUUCAACUCAAGCUACACUGACGUCAUAUCCCUGGACCGCGACGACAUUCUGUACUUUGAGGUGGCGCUGCACACCAACAACUCCUUUGCUUCAUUUGUGCUCCUGCAGGUGGAAUCAUGCUGGGCCACUGAGAGCAGUGACCCACAGGACACUGUCCAGGGCGUCUUUCUUCAUGAGGGCUGUCCCAUUGACCACACAUUCUACUGGCUCUCCGUUAACGGCAUGGAGCAGAAAAGCAGGUUUUCCAUUGAGAUGUUCACCAUGCCCAAAGGGCUACCCCUAUACAUUCACUGCAUGGCCAAUAUAUGUGGGCAUGACAAAGACUGUACAAAGAAUUGCUCCAGCCAGCAACGAACCAAGAGGUCAGAGAGUCAGCCAGACAGGAGAGGGAAACGUGCUGCUGUUGUGUCUGCUGGACCUGUGGUGGUCAACACCAGAGUCCCAACCUCUUACUGGGCUGAGCACAUGACCAUGAUUCUAAUUGUGGCUGGAUCAAUGGGUGUUUUGGGCAUAACUAUACUGUCAGUGAGUGCAACUAAAGCAAUCAUGUCUUAUUAUGAACAGCUACAGCUGCAAUAAAAUGUUACCAACACAA